UACACCAUUGGUUAAAAAAGAAAAAGGAACGAGGUUGAAGUCCAGUCACAGCUGGUUCCUGUCGCUACUUCUUUGUUUUUCCACCAUGAAUUCAGAUGCAGUUUUAUUGUUAGAGACGGUUAACUUCGCGGCAGAGAAACAUCGUAACCAGCGACGUAAAGAUCCAGAGGAAACCCCGUACAUUAAUCACCCCAUCGGAGUGGCGAGAAUCCUCAGCCAUGAAGGAGGUGUCGCAGACAUCGAGGUUUUACAAGCCGCUCUGCUUCACGACACAGUGGAGGACACGGACACCUCUCUCGCAGAGCUCGAGGCGACGUUUGGGACGAUCGUGGCUCGUAUCGUUGAGGAGGUGACGGACGACAAAAGCCUGCCCAAACACGAGAGGAAGCGUCAGCAGGUGGAACACGCGGCGCAUUGCAGCUGCCAAGCCAAACUGGUCAAACUGGCAGAUAAACUGUACAAUCUGAGGGACUUAAACCGCAGCACACCAGCCGGCUGGACAGCCGAGCGGGUGCAGGAGUACUUUGUUUGGGCCCGUGAGGUGGUGAGAGGCCUGAGAGGAACCAACUCUGUGCUGGAGCAGAAGCUGGAGGAGCUGUUCAGACAGAGAGGGGUCCAGCUCUGACAACACAGCGGAGAGCACACCGCUCCAAUUACAAAGGAGAUACUUUUUCAUUUGUAAAUUAUAGAAAUAAAUCAUAUCGUUUA